UGUAGUUCAACAACAGCUGGAGGUCCGAAAGUUCCCCAUCCCUGCUGUAGAUUAUUACAUUACUGACUUCUCCAGUGAUCUGCAGAACAUUGCUCUGUCCUAUCUACCCCCUGACAGGUACAUAGUGAUAUAUCCUGCAGAUUAUUACAUUACUGACCUCUCUAGUGAUCUGCAGAACAUUGCUCUGUCCCAUGUACCCCCUGACAGGUACAUAGUGAUAUACUCUGCAGAUGAUUACAUUACUGACCUCUCUAGUGAUCUGCAGAGCAUUGCUCUGUCCCAUCUUCCCCCUGACAGCUACAUAUUGAUAUACCCUGCAGAUUAUUACAUUACUGACCUCUAUAGUGAUCUGCAGAACAUUGCUCUGUCCCAUCUUCACCCCCUGACAGGUACAUAGUGAUACAUUCUGGAGAUUACUACAUUACUCCCCUCGCUCAGUGCCGUUUCUUGUGGCGGGCCAGCCAUGCCGUCGCACGAGGGGCACGCCGCGGCACUUUGAGAUGCUCUGGGUGCUCCCUCUCCUCCCUGUCAUUAGUACUCCACUUGGGAGGUGGAGUUUUGAGAAAUGACGCGUUUGCUUCAUGACGUCACAAUGCAAUGCGUCAUUUCUCGAAACUCCGCCCCCCGAGCGGAAUACUAAUGACAGGGAGAAGGGGGAGCUGAGCGCCGAGGGCUGCCAUGCGGGAGCCGCGGGCUGGCGGGCUGCUUUGGGCCUUUUUACAGGUGCUGUACACAGCCCUGACAACGAGCACUACACACCCCUGGCAACUAGUAUUACACACCCCUGACAUUACACACCCCUGGUAACUAGUAUUACACACCCCUGGUAACUAGUAUUACACACCCCUGGCAUUACACACCCCUGGUAACUAGUAUUACACACCCCUGGCAUUACACACCCCUGGUAACUAGUAUUACACACCCCUGGCAACUAGUAUUACACACCCCUGGUAACUAGUAUUACACACCCCUGGCAACUAGUAUUACACACCCCUGGCAUUACACACCCCUGACAACUAGUAUUACACACCCCUGGCACUACACACCCCUGGACACUAGUAUUACACACCCCUGGCAUUACACACCCCUGGCAUUACGCACCCCUGGUAAAUAGUAUUACACACCCCUGGUAACUAGUAUUACACACCCCUGGCAUUACACACCCCUGGUAACUAGUAUUACACACCCCUGGCAACUAGUAUUACACACCCCUGGUAACUAGUAUUACACACCCCUGGCAACUAGUAUUACACACCCCUGGCAUUACACACCGCUGACAACUAGUAUUACACACCCCUGGCACUACACACCUGGAAACUAGUAUUACACACCCCUGGCAUUACACACCCCUGGCAUUACGCACCCUUGGUAAAUAGUAUUACACACCCCUGGUAACUAGUAUUACACACCCCUGGCAUUACACACCCCUGACAACUAGUAUUACACACCCCUGGCAUUACACACCCCUGGAAACUAGUAUUACACACCCCUGGCAUUACACACCCCUGGCAACUAGUAUUACACACCCCUGGCAUUACACACCCCUGGCAACUAGUAUUACACACCCCUGGCAACUAGUAUUACACACCCCUGGCGACUAGUAUUACACACCCCUGGCAGCUAGCACACACUAGUGGCAUUACACACCCCUGAGCCCUGACAAUGAGCAUUACCCCUGGCAAUGAGCACUACAUGCCCCUGAGCCCUGACAAUGAGCAUUACCCCUGGCAACGAGCCCUACAAGCCCCUGAGCCAUGACAAUGAGCAUUACCCCUGGCAACGAGCACUACACGCCCCUGAGCCCUGACAAUGAGCAUUACCCCUGGCAAUGAGCCCUACACGCCCCUGAGCCCUGAGAGUGAGCAUUACCCCUGGCAACGAGCCCUACAAGCCCUUGAGCCCUGACAAUGAGCAUUACCCCUGGCAACGAGCACUACACGCCCCUGAGCCCUGACAAUGAGCAUUACCCCUGGCAACGAGCACUACACGCCCCUGAGCCCUGAGAGUGAGCAUUACCCCUGGCAACGAGCCCUACAAGCCCCUGAGCCCUGACAAUGAGCAUUACCCCUGGCAACGAGCCCUACACGCCCCUGAGCCCUGACAAUGAGCAUUACCCCUGGCAACGAGCACUACACGCCCCUGAGCCCUGAAAGUGAGCAUUACCCCUGGCAACGAGCACUACACGCCCCUGAGCCCUGACAGUGAGCAUUACCCCUGGCAACGAGCCCUGCACACCCCUGAGCCCUGACAAUGAGCAUUACCCCUGGCAACGAGCACUACACGCCCCUGAGCCCUGACAAUGAGCAUUACCCCUGGCAACGAGCACUACACGCCCCUGAGCCCUGACAAUGAGCAUUACCCCUGGCAACGAGCACUACAUACCCCUGAGCCCUGAGAGUGAGCAUUACCCCUGGCAACGAGCACUACACGCCCCUGAGCCCUGACAAUGAGCAUUACCCCUGGCAAUGAGCCCUGCACACCCCUGAGCCCUGACAAUGAGCAUUACCCCUGGCAACGAGCACUACACGCCCCUGAGCCCUGACAAUGACCAUUAUCCCUGGCAACGAGCACUACACACCCCUGAGCCCUGACAAUGAACAUUACCCCUGGCAACGAGCCCUGCACACCCCUGAGCCCUGACAAUGAGCAUUACCCCUGGCAACAAGCACUACACGCCCCUGAGCCCUGAGAGUGAGCAUUACCCCUGGCAACGAGCACUACAUGCCCCUGAGCCCUGACAGUGAGCAUUACCCCUGGCAACGAGCCCUACACGCCCCUGAGCCCUGACAAUGAGCAUUACCCCUGGCAACGAGCACUACACGCCCCUGAGCCCUGACAGUGAGCAUUACCCCUGGCAAUGAGCCCUACACGCCCCUGAGCCCUGACAGUGAGCAUUACCCCUGGCAACGAGCACUACACGCCCCUGAGCCCUGACAAUGAGCAUUACCCCUGUCAACGAGCACUACACACCCCUGGCAACAAUCAUGACACCUGUCUCAGAGCAUGAAACCCCUGGCAACGAGCAUGGAUCCCAGAGCAUGAAACCCCUGGCAACGAGCAUGACACCCAGCGUGUGAAACCCCUGGCAACGAGCAGAAAGGACACGUAUUCUGCUAUUCCGGGAUGUUAAUGCAAGUUCCCCCGUCUGCCUGGGCACCAGGGCUUGUCACUCAUGCCAGGAAGGCGAUCCACCAUGGCCGCCCGUCCCACUGCCAAACGCUGGAGUUUGCCCGAACAAACGCUGCCAAUUUCCUGUCCCUGGGCAAUCUACUGAUGGGUCUGGCCUCCAUACUCUGCAUUCUAAACGGAUCUCGGCAGUCGGCCUGCUGGCUUCUCCUCAUUGGAUUCAUGUUGGACCUGGCUGACGGAGCAGUGGCGCGACGACUCAACGCGUGCUCAGCUUUGGGUGCAAAGCUGGAUGACUUUGCUGAUUUCACGUCAUUUGGUCUGGCCACAGCAUUACUGCUGCACACGAGUGGCCUGCUGGAUGGCCUCCUGGUGAUGGUCUACGUUCUGGCUGUUUUCACGCGCCUUUGUUUCUACUCAAGUGGAAUUCCUUUCAUGUACCAAGGGCUGCCCUGCCCAUACGCCUCCGCCAUCCUGGCCUGCGCCUCCCUGCUAACCGGCAGCCACCUCGUGAUCUUGCGCACUAUAGCCGUCAUAAUGAUUCUCUUCAUGAUCGACAAGGGAUUCUACCCUCAUGACAAGAUCUUGGAGUCCCAGCUAUGGAAAAAGAUGGUCUUCGCAGGGGGUGUGUUGAUGAUGCUCUGCUGCUUUUCACCCCUGGCGUGUUUAUACCACUUGGUAUGGUCCAUCUCCUACAUUCUCUUUCCGGAGGCGUUGUGGAACUUCAAAGUGUGACCUCCUAGAGAUAACAGAAUGCUCGCCAAUGGCUAUGUGUGAGGGAGGACAGCGCGGUGUGAGUGAGAGAGGACAGCAUUGUGUGAAUGAGAGAGGACAGCGCUGUGUGAGUGAGGGGGGACAGCGCGGUGUGAGUGAGGAGGGACAGCGUGGUGUGAGUGAGGGUGGACAGCGCGGUGUGAGUGAGGGAGGACAGCGCGGUGUGAAAGUGAGAGGACAACAUUGUGUGAGGGGGGACAGCGCGGUGUGAGUGAGGGGGGACAG